AUGUCGUUUGCUGCAAAGUCCUUUCUCGCCGUGUCGACUGCAGCGACCGUUGGCAUCAUUUACUAUGUGCACUCCAACCAGCAGUCCGAUCGCGAGCGCCUGCGAAUGGGCAUCGAGCGCGAUCUCGAACGCCAGCAGCGCAAACUAGAAAACCGCCGCGAGCUGGACAGACAGGCCGCGCUCACAGUGCAGCUCGAGCAAGAGCAGCAGAACGAGAGGCGCACCAUUACCACCACCACCACCCCGGUGUCCAAUGUUGCCUCCAAGUUUGAACGGCAGGGCGAGAAGGCCUCGUCGUUCUACAUCAAUCAAACUAUGAUGCGCGAUCGUCGUAACGCACGCGCAUUUCUGCGAAAAGCAACGCCAACUGGACCAUGA